AUGGCGGAGGCGGCGGCGGCGGCGGGGCCGUGCUGCAUCUCGCACGUGUUCGAGCGCGCCGCUCGCCGGGAACCCGGCCGCCUCGCCGUUAUCCACGCGGCGGCCUCAGGCAGCGACGGCGAGGAGCGCCGCUUCACCUGCGGCGACCUCCUCGCCGUCGUCGGCUCCCUCUCCCACCGCAUCGCCGCCGCGCUCGGCGGCACCCCCACCGACACCCGCCACGACCGCGAGCAUGGCCCAGGGUUUCGGGCCGCCGGCGCCGUGGUGCCGAGGAUUGUCGGGGUGUACGCCUCGCCGUCGGUGGAGUACGUCGCCGCCGUCCUCGCGGUGCUCAGGUGCGGCGCGGCGUUCCUCCCGCUGGACCCGUCGUGGCCGGAGGAGAGGGUCUUGUCGGCCGUCUCGGCGUCCAACGCUGCCCUCGUCGUGUCAUCAGUUGGUUCGCGAGGAGCCACGCUGUUUGAGAGCAGCGCCUGCCGUGUGCUGCACUUGGACGGUGGCAUCCGGCGGUGGUUUCAGGAUGAAAACGGUGGGGAUGCCGGGGAGGACCUUGCCUGGCCGUGCGAGCGCGAGUGGCGCCGGAAGUUCUGCUACGUGAUGUUCACCUCUGGUUCUACCGGAAAACCGAAGGGUGUUUGCGGCACCGAGAAAGGUCUUCUGAAUCGCUUUUUGUGGAUGCAAAGAAGGAAUCCUUUGUGUUCAGAUGAUGUGUUGUUGUUUAAGACAUCGGUCAGCUUUGUUGACCAUCUACAGGAGUUCCUUUCUGCGGUGUUGACUUGCACACCACUUGUCAUUCCUCCUCCCAGUGAGUGGAGAGCUAAUCCAGCAUCCUUGGCCAACUUGAUUAAGGUUUACCGGAUAUCAAGGAUGACUUUGGUUCCAUCACUUAUGGAGAUAAUACUACCUACCCUGGCGGAAAAAAUUUCUGAUGGCUGUAACCCACUUAAGAUCCUACUAUUUAGUGGGGAAGUUCUGUCUGUAUCACUGUGGAAGAGAGUCUAUGAAGUUCUGCCAGAGGCUACUAUCAUAAAUCUGUAUGGAACAACAGAGGUUUCUGGUGACUGUGCAUUCUUUGAUUGCAAAGAUUUGCCUACAAUUUUGGAGCGAGAAAAACUAAACAGUAUACCAAUUGGAUUUCCUAUCUCAAAUUGUGAGGUUUCUCUUGUCACAGACGAUGGACUAGCAGAUGAAGGUGAAAUCUCUGUCAGUGGAGCAUGCUUGUUUACUGGAUAUUUAGCUGAUCCCAUGACAAGUAACUGCCCUGAAGGCAGUGAAAUUUUGGCAUACUACAGAACAGGUGACUUUGCCCGACGCAUAAAGACAGGCGAACUUAUUUUCCUUGGGAGAAAGGACCGUAUUGUUAAAAUUUAUGGGCAGCGUUUCUCACUGGAGGAGGUAGAAUCCACAUUGAGGGAACAUCCUGAUGUCAGUGACGCUGCUGUUACUUUUCAAAAUAAUGGAUCUCUGGAUUUUAAGGCAUACGUGGUGCUGAAGAGUAAUGAUCAACUUCCGAAAUAUACUCAGGGUUACAGUGGAUUAAAUUCUUCCCAAGAUAUCAUCGCACCACUUCGAAAUUGGCUCAUCGUGAAGCUUCCACUAGCUAUGGUCCCAAGGCUUUUUAUCCCCAUGAAAUCAUUACCUUUGACUUCGUCAGGAAAGAUUGACUAUGUCAAGUUAUCUAGCUUGGAUUGUGCAUUGGAGCCUUGUGAAAUUGAGCCAGAAAGCAGUCCAGUUGAUCCUCUUAUGCAAGUUAUCAAAAGGGCAUUUUCUGAUGCCCUACUGGUUGAUGAAGUUUCUGAGUAUGAUGAUUUCUUCACCUUGGGUGGUAACUCAAUUACUGCAGCUCAUGUGGCCCACAAAUUGGAGAUUGACAUGAGAUUACUUUAUAUUUAUACCACCCCUUCUAAACUUUUUCAUGCUUUACUUGGGGAGCGCAGUCAUGUAGUUCCUCCAACUCCUGAGUUUCACAACAGAAAGAGGUUGAGAAAAUCUGCAAGCAUAUCAAAUUCCUUUGAUCCAGUUUCUGAGUAUUUGGACAAUAACUUUCAUGGCCAAGGGCAGAUAAGUAAAGAGGGUGCAUACGAUCACUUUGCAGGGAAUCAUAUAAAUGAAACAGAUGGCCAGCUUAGCAAAAGUAUGACUUACGGUACGUACCAAGCAAAAAACCUGUGCCCAGAUACAUGCUCAAAUGAUGAAAUUUCCAGUGGCAGUCCAUGGAUACUAAAUUUUCACCUACAAAAGGUGUGGUCUAUUGGCCAUUGCAAUAGAUUUAUGCAUGGUUAUGAAGGGAUGCUUCAACUUGAAGAUAUUUGCUCAUAUGUUCCAUACAACAAAAAGGGUUGCCUCAUGAAACUUUGGAGCAUUCUUCUGGAUUCAUGUGUUGAUGCCUCACCUUUGCUUGUCAUAAGCAAUGGGAUGAUGACCAUCUUUAUUGGUUCUCAUUCAUAUUUGUUUCUUUGCAUUGAUGGUUAUAGUGGUUCAGUGAGGUGGAGUGUCAAAUUGGAAGGUCGUAUUGAGUGUUCUGCCACUAUAACUGGUGAUUUCUCGGAGGUUGUUGUUGGAUGCUAUAAAGGGAAAAUUUACUUCCUUGAUAUAGCUACAGGGAAACUAUCCUGGACCUUUCAAACUGACGGGGAGGUAAAAAUGCAACCAGUUGUGGACAAGAUGAGGAACUUAAUAUGGUGUGGCUCUUAUGACCAUUACUUGUAUGCAUUAAAUUACAAAGAUCACUGCUGCACCUACAAAAUUUCUUGUGGUGGAAGCAUUUAUGGUUCUCCUGCUAUUGACAUGGCACAAAACAUAAUCUAUGUCGCAUCUACAAGUGGCCUUGUGACUGCAGUAUUAUUUAAGGAACCAUCCUUCAGAGUUCUUUGGCAAUACGAAGCUGGUGCACCAAUUUUUGGUUCUCUCGCCAUAGAUUAUCAAAGUGGAAAAGUUAUUUGUUGCUUAGUGAAUGGCCUAGUUAUGGCAUUGAACUCACAAGGCUCUGUUGUUUGGAAGGCAACUGUUGGUGGUCCUAUUUUUGCUGGUGCAUGUUUGUCACCCACCCUCCCUCAUCAGGUGCUUAUACCUUCCCGUGAUGGCAAUUUAUACUCUUUCGAUACUGUUUCUGGCGCCCUUCUUUGGGUAUACAAGGCUGGGGAUCCAAUUACUGCAUCCGCUUUUGUUGAUGAGCUGUUAACAUCAGAGUCAUCUGGACCAUCUGAGAGAUUUGCUUGUAUCUGCACGAGUUCCGGGAAGGUCCAUGUCAUCGGGAUUAGAGCUGAUGCUAGGUACAAUCAGGAGCAAGCUGGUGAAGGUGUUAAAUCUGAGGAGUUGGUCCAAGGAGUGGCGUCCAUUGAUCUUCCAGGGGACAUAUUUUCUUCUCCCUUGAUGGUCGGUGGACGCAUAUUUGUUGGAUGCAGAGAUGAUCGGUUACAUUGUCUCACCAUCACCACAUAG